CCUAGGGUUUCAUCUUUUUCUUCCCUCCUUUUAGAGAGCGAGCGGCGACGGCGACUCGCAAGAGGUGAUCUUUUAGGGCACUGCUUCGAAGAUGGUGCACGUCUCUUUCUACAGAAACUAUGGCAAGACCUUUAAGAAACCUCGUCGUCCCUAUGAAAAGGAACGACUUGAUGCUGAGUUGAAACUUGUUGGAGAGUAUGGUCUUCGCUGCAAGAGAGAGCUCUGGAGGGUGCAAUAUGUUCUUAGCAGAAUCCGUAAUGCAGCGAGGCAGCUCCUCACUCUGGAUGAGAGGGACCCUCGCCGUAUCUUUGAGGGUGAGGCUCUUCUUCGCAGGAUGCACAAGUAUGGGCUUCUCGAUGAGGAACAGAACAAGCUCGAUUACGUCCUCGCCCUGACUGUUGAGAACUUCUUGGAGCGUCGCUUGCAGACUCAGGUUUUCAAGUCAGGCAUGGCUAAAUCAAUUCACCAUGCCCGAGUCCUCAUACGUCAGCGUCACAUCAGGGUUGGGAGGCAAGUGGUGAAUGUUCCAUCGUUCUUGGUGAAGCUUGAGUCGGCUAAGCACAUUGAUUUUGCAUUGUCAAGCCCAUUCGGUGGAGGAAAAGAAGGAAGAGUGAAGCGCAAGAAUAAGAAAGCAGCUGAGAAAAAGGAAGCCGGCGGCGAAGAGGAGGAUGAGGAGUGAGGGGUUGUGAUAUGCCAGAAUAUGUUUAGAAAUAACAAGGGAAGCUCUUAUUUAGGUUUCUCUUUUUAUUUUGGACCUGGUGAGAAUUAUGCCAUAUCGUGUCUUUUUUCAGUUAGGUUUAGAGGACAACUCUGUUUGAGCUUCUUUUUGUGAGCUAUUACGUGGCAUGUUGAAUGUUUUGAUGUUGGUUCUCAAGAGUAUUUUUGUUUUAUUUGAUAUAUUUAUGCUUUUUAGGAUAAUUGUAUGUGUUUGGUACGUCGGGCUAUGUUUAUCACUGGCUCAUUAUUGCAUUA